AUGGAUGGAAUACAGAUGGAGCCAGUUGGAAAAUAUAAAGCAGAUCGUAACGGAUCCGCCAAAGCAGCAGCUUGGCGUAAUAUGGUUGAUCAAGAUUUGGACGAUGUAGCGUUUUUAGCAGAUACUGAAAAGGCUCGCGAAGCAAGAGAUUUGGGAGACACGCCGGUUGCUGUCUGCUCCCAGAGAAGAGCGCUAUGUGUGACUGUUCUCGUACUGUCUGCUAUCUUCGUGACUUCUCUACUUGUGGUCUAUGCUACUCCUCAGCCUGAUUGCCCAUGCUCAACUGAGAGUAUGCUGGUCCCUGGACAAACACCAACAGAAUCUGAUGAGAAUUCCACCGUAACUAACAAAGACCGCAUAGCCACAAACGGUAUGGUGUUUCCGUGGCGUGGUGCCAGGCUUCCCACCUUCGUGAUUCCCAGACACUACAGUUUGUGGCUACAUCCCAACCUGACAACUGGGGAGAUGCGAGGCGAAGUAUCGAUUGAUUUUCGCGUCGACCGGGAUACCAGUUUCGUAGUGCUUAACAUCAGAGAUAUGAAUGUGACAGAACGCGCCUUAUUCAAGGGAGGCUCUAUCGGACCGAAGGUUGCUAGGGCACUUGACUUUCCGCCCGCCGAGCAAACUUAUAUUGAAUUUAAGGAAAAGCUUCGUCGAAAGUACAAUUACACCCUGAGUCUACGUUUCAUUACGAGGCUGGAUCGGGUGGAGAAACAUCGGGGUUUCUUCCUCACCGGCACCCAGAGGCAUCGCUGUGCUAUAUCAAGGUUUUGGAUGACGCAUGCGCGAUCCGUGUUCCCGUGUCUAGAUGAGCCACACCUAAGAGCGACUUUCAAGUUAACCAUCGUACGAGACAGGUUCCACGUUUCUCUAACCAACAUGCCGAUAGUCGCGACUGAAGAGGCUGGCUUCUAUCUUGGACAUAGAUUGCUGCAAGACGAGUUUGCCAGUUCGCCCCCAAUGUCUCCCCACAUGAUAUCGAUUUCCGUGUGUCGCCUGCAGCGGAAGUCAGCUCCGCUUCUAGAAACUGUUACCGUGAGUCCUGAUGAUGAAGCACAGCCUGUAAUCAGCUUGUACAGCGAUAAAGCUGCUAUAUUGGACGAAUCUGGGCCACUUUUGGAAUGGGUUCAGAAAACACUACAGCUGUAUUCGUAUGAGCUGAAUACAACAUACCCGUUGCCUAAGUUUGACAUAGUGGUGAUAGACAGUGGUACGAGCUUCUCCGAAGGCUGGGGCCUCAUCACCUUAGCACCAGCGACGCUGUCAGACACCAAGGUCAUCGCGAGAUUAUUAGCGCAACAGUGGUUUGGAGGCCUGGUGUCCCCAAGAUGGUGGAACUCCCAGUGGCUUAUCGAGGCUCUGACGUCUGUUCUCAGCGAGAAAGCGCCACCUUUCGGAACGGUGGCGGAACGACAGGAAGACACGUUGCUGUUAGACCACAUACUGCCCGCACUGACGUUGGACUCCAGUAACAUGGUACGGGCAGUGGCUUCCCCGCGCUUAGACAGAGCAGACAUAGAGGCUGCGGCAGAUGAUUUAUCUAAACAUAAGGGUGGCGCUAUAGUCAGUAUGGCCAUUGAAGCAGCUGGGUUAUCUGCCGGAAGGGCAGCAUUGGCGAGGUUACUGAGGGAUCAUAGGACUGCCAGCGCAGAUGCUCGAGAUCUAUGGCGGGCGCUCCAACAGGAAGGCGGAGGCGAAGCCCCUGAACACGCGUGGGACGGCUGGUGCGAGCGGGCAGGAUAUCCGUUGCUGUACGCCACCAGUGACAGGGAUGUCGUCAUAACACAACAGAGAUUUGUGAUGGCCGCCCCUCCUCCAGACCCUGAACCGUCGAUGCUGAACCACCUUCUCACUCUCAACUUACGAGCUGAACUGGACGAGGUGUUUUACGAACCGGAAAAUGUAACAGAAUAUCUUGAAGAGGACUUAAACGCCACUACCACUACCACAACAACAUCUACAACCAAACGACCCGUAGUCAAGACCACCAAGCCCCCACCACAGGUCAAAUGGGUCAUUCCGGUCACCUUCACUGUCGGACCCUUGCUGGAAGAAGAAGAGACGAAGAUAGUGAGAAAUAGUAGCGAAAAUCUGCAGAAUGGAACUUGGUAUGAAGUUGUGAAUGAUACAAAGUCUCAAUCUCGUUGGAUGGAGAACGUAACGUACUUGGUGUGGAUGAACGACACACAAAUGACAAUCCCCGAACUCGGAAGACACAAGUGGGUGAGAUACAACGUGGGUGCGAGAGGACUGUACCGCGUUGCCCCUCAGGAUCACUUGGGAGAGUCACCGGAGUCGGCGGCUUCAAGAGCAGCGCUGCUAUACGAAAGUGGGUCGCCAUCAGAACGGGCACUGCUGUUGGAUGAUGCCUUCGUGCUGAGCCGAGCGCGGAGAUUACCAGCGAGCAGGGCUGUUGCUGCAGCCGCUCGUCUGAGUACAGAACAUCACUGGGCUGUUUGGCGCGUGGCCAUCUCCCACCUAUCUUGGUGGAGGCAGCUCCUCAGACUCGCAGCAUCAGCUCCAGACUUCACCGAGAUGCUGAGUACCCUGACGUCGGCUUUCACGGUCUAUAGCAAGGAGGAGAUUGAUGAAGGAAACCUAAAUGAGGAUCAGCUCUGGCUUAGUGGGGCUUUGCUGACUGCUAGCGUGGAGUGGGGCAACGUGAAUAUGACCAGCCAGGCUUUGGAGAUGUUCGACGCUUGGUGGGGACAGAACCAGAGCAUUCCGGAGAUAUACCAAGAGGGCGCAUUUAUGGCGGGCGUGCGUACGCACGGCGAGCCUGCUUGGCAAGCAUGUUGGCGAGCAUUGCUGACGUCACACGUGGCACCGAAGCCGCUGUACUCACACAAAGCACUUUUAGCUGCGCUCGCGUCGCCCGACGACGACUGGCUUCUGUAUCGUUUUGCAUACACGGUCGUCUCCAACGAAGCCCAACGAUCUAGCGACUGGGAGUUAUGGAUUACGACACUAUGUGAAGGAAUUUGUAGAUGGCGCGGUGCGUCGGCCAUCUGGCGUGUUUUGAGCAUGACGUCAUUUCCGCCGAGCGCACUACAAGCCGCAGCGAAAUGUCUUCACCAACCCGGAGAUUACUAUCGAUUCAAAGAGAUGUUUGGAACGGAGAGUGGCGCUAGCAUCGCAUUGGACACAAUAGCUCUCAACUCUGCUUGGAUUUCAAGAGCUGAUGCGGAUUUGUUGAGAUACUUCCAAGCUGUUCGCAAACAUUAACACCUGGCUCCUAGACUUUCAUUUCCCACCUUAACACCUGGACAAGCUCGUUGCCACCAACAAAAAAUUCCAAUUUGAUUUCCGCCAUUUUGGCUGUUGUGAAUUUGUAAUAAUUUUAACACUUAUUUUUAUUGAUUUAGUAAAUAGAUAUAAGUUUUAGGUAAUACAUAAUUUGUUCCAAAUAAAAAUGCCGCGGGACUUCUUACAGAUGGACUGUACCAGGUUAGCGAAACUCUCUAAGAAAAAAAGCGAUUCACUCGAUUGUAUGAAACGUGCAGUCAUUGAUAGAUGAUGGCUAGAAUCUUGUAAAAAACGGAGAUAGCCGAUAAACUUAACCGGAGUAUACUUCGUGGCCAAUCGCGAUACUGUAAUUAUUACUAUUUUAAACUUAUGUCAGAUGACUGAACGUUUUACACUAAACUAAAUUUCAAUUUUUACUUAGGCAGUCCCAGCUCUUAUUACGUAGUAUUUACAUCCUCUUUGGACUCUACAGUCUAUGCUCGAAUCGCAAUUCGCAACAAAGUAGCUGUCAGUUCACAGCUGUCACUUUGUUCGUUGUACACUUCUUUUCGUCCGUCAGCGCGAAAGAGGCAAAGGUAAGUGCACCAUACAGCCUAUGUAACUGUAUGAGAGCUAUGUUCAAAAGAAACAGAAUAAUACUAACAAUUGAAUUCAUAUCCAGUAUUAUAUAGAAUUAUUCUAUUUUUAUUCUUACUAAGUUCGUUUUAUGUAAUAGAUUUCAUUAUAUUAUAUUAAGGUGAAGAGGCAAUGGUCUUAUAACAAACAUCUUGUAUGGGUUAAACCAUCGUCAAAUAAAUAUAUUAACAUUUGAGUAUAUCGGAAAACACUACAAAAAAUUAUGAAGUUUAAUGACUGUUCAAUCUUUUUUAAGAACUUCAAUAUAUUAUUUCAAGAAGACAG